AAUGGCGCGGUUUGGAGACGAGGGACCGGCCAGGUACGGCGGCGGACCUGGCCAGGGCGGCUCUGGCCGCGGCGGCGCCGGCGGCGGCGGCAGCAGGCAGGGCGGCCCGCCGGGAGCCCAGAGGAUGUAUAAGCAGUCGAUGGCCCAGCGAGCCCGUACCAUGGCCCUUUACAACCCCAUACCGGUCCGGCAGAGCUGCCUUACAGUCAACCGGUCCCUCUUUCUCUUCAGCGAGGACAACGUGGUGAGAAAAUACGCCAAAAAGAUCACCGAAUGGCCUCCAUUUGAGUGGAUGAUCCUCACCACCAUCAUCGCCAACUGCAUCGUCCUGGCCCUGGAGCAGCACCUGCCCGAGGAUGACAAGACGCCCAUGUCUGCACGCCUGGAUGACACAGAGCCCUAUUUCAUCGGCAUCUUCUGUUUUGAGUCGGGCAUCAAGAUCCUGGCCCUGGGUUUCGCCUUCCACAAGGGCUCGUACCUGCGCAAUGGCUGGAACGUCAUGGACUUUGUGGUGGUGCUGACUGGGAUCCUGUCGUGGGUGGGGUCAGACUUUGACCUGCGGACCCUGCGUGCUGUCCGGGUACUGAGGCCCCUGAAACUGGUGUCUGGAAUUCCCAGCCUACAGGUGGUGCUGAAGUCCAUCAUGAAGGCCAUGAUCCCAUUGCUGCAGAUCGGCCUGCUGCUCUUCUUCGCCAUCCUCAUGUUUGCCAUCAUUGGCCUGGAGUUCUACAUGGGCAAGUUCCACUUCACCUGCUACGACAACGAGACCAACGAGACGCUAGAUGAGCUGCCCUGUGGAAUCUCCGAAUCGGCACGCCAAUGCCCCAGCGGCACAAAUUGCAGUGGUAACUGGGCGGGCCCCAACUACGGCAUCACACAGUUUGACAACAUCCUGUUUGCCGUGCUCACCGUCUUCCAGUGCAUCACCAUGGAGGGCUGGACCGACCUACUCUACGUCAGCAACGACGCCGCUGGGAGCGCCUGGAACUGGAUGUACUUCAUCCCACUCAUCAUCAUCGGGUCCUUCUUCAUGCUGAACCUGGUCCUCGGGGUCCUUUCCGGGGAGUUUGCCAAAGAGAGGGAGCGUGUGGAGAACAGGAGCGAGUUUCUCAAGUUAAGGAGGCAGCAGCAGAUUGAGAGGGAACUGAAUGGAUAUCUGGAGUGGAUCUGUAAAGCAGAGGAGGUCAUCUUGGCGGAGGAGGAGAAUGACACCGGCGACCGAACGCCUUUUGACGGAUCACGACGAAGACCAACCAUCAAGAAGAGCAAAACCGACCUCCUGAACCCCGAGGAAGGGGAGGACCACCUGGGGGACAUGACUGUGGGGUCCCCGUUCGCUCGGGCCAGCAUCAAGAGUGGCAAGGAGGGUUCCAACUUCAGCAAGAAGGAGCGCCGCUUACGGUUCUUCAUCCGGCAUAUGGUGAAGACACAGGCCUUCUACUGGACCGUGCUCAGCCUGGUGGGCCUGAACACGCUGUGCGUGGCCAUCGUGCACUACGACCAGCCGGAGCUGCUCUCCGACUUCCUCUUCUACGCCGAAUUCAUCUUCCUGGGCCUCUUCAUGCUGGAGAUGCUGAUAAAGAUGUACGGACUGGGCACUCAGCCAUACUUUCACUCCUCCUUCAAUUGCUUCGACUGUGCUGUUAUUGUGGGAAGCAUAUUCGAGGUGAUAUGGGCCAUGAUCAAGCCAGGCACCUCCUUUGGGAUCAGCGUCUUGCGAGCGCUCAGGUUGCUGAGGAUCUUCAAAGUGACCAAAUACUGGUCCUCCUUGCGCAAUCUGGUGGUGUCCCUGCUGAACUCCAUGAAGUCCAUCAUCAGCUUGCUCUUCCUGCUCUUUCUCUUCAUUGUGGUUUUCGCCUUGCUGGGCAUGCAGCUCUUCGGGGGCCAGUUCAAUUUUGAGUCCGGCACUCCGUCCACCAACUUUGAUACUUUCCCAGCAGCAAUAAUGACAGUGUUUCAGAUUUUAACAGGAGAGGACUGGAACGUGGUGAUGUACUAUGGAAUCAAGUCUCAGGGUGGCGUUAAUAAUGGCAUGAUCUACUCAAUCUUCUUCAUUGUCCUCACGCUCUUCGGGAACUACACUUUGCUCAAUGUAUUCUUGGCCAUCGCCGUGGACAACCUGGCCAAUGCACAAGAGCUGACCAAGGAUGAAGAGGAGGAGGAACAAGCCACCAACCAGAAGAUCGCCCUCCAGAAAGCCAAGGAGAUGGCAGAGGUCAGCCCGCUGUCGGCAGCCAAUCUCUCUAUCGCAGCAGUGACAGUAAACACUGAGCGUCUCAGCAACACAGAGACUUUUCUGAACUGUAAGGAGCAGCAGAAGAACCAGAGGGCAAGCCAAUCAGUAUGGGAACAGCGGACUAGCGAGAUCCGUAGGCAUAACCUAAUGACGAGCCGCGAGGCAUUAUACAAUGAACUGGACCCCGAGGACCACUGGAAGCAGGUGGCCUACUCGCGACACAUGAAGACCCACCUGGACCGGCCGCUGGUGGUGGAGAACCGCAACAACAACACCAACAAGACCAGGCCCAGCGACCCAGUGUCUCAGGACCAGCGACUGAGCCAGCAGCGCGCCGAAGAGUUCCUACGCAAGCAGGUGCGCCACCAUGAGCGGGCCGGGGGUGGGGGAGGGGGCGGCAGGUCCUACGAGAGGGCGGACUCCAGGGAGCAGUACCGGGGCCCCCACAGCCAGAGCCAGCUGUCACUCAACCACCUGGACUGUCCAGAAGGGCGCAGCUGUGAGCCAUACCGCAGGCAACCCCACAGGAAUCCAGCGGGCCGGCCUAGGGAAGGCCGCAGCCGGACCCCAUGCGGAGAGGGGGGGGGCCCGCCAGAGCAGUGGCGGCCCCGACAGCACCGCCGGCCACUGGAGGAUGAGGACGGAGGAGGAGGCCGGGGGGCCAGGCGCCGAGGACCCGAUGAGGUGGAGGACGCCGACAAUGCAGACGCUAUGGAGAGGAGGCCGAGGCGAAAUCGGCACGGCGUUCAAUCCAGCGCCGACAACAACGGGAGGAGGGACAGGGAGCAUGUGCGGCCCCACCGCCCCAGGAAAGAGGGCCAGGGCAACGGCCCCUACCUGUCCACCAUGCGGCCGGUCCAGCAAGGACUUCCCCGGCAGGACAGCCAGCGCAGUGAGGACAUGGACAAUGUGAAGAACAGCCAGCUGGCCACGCAGGCCCCGGGCAUGAGGACCGCGGUGGGACUCAGCCGCAGCCCCUCCCCGCCAGCCCUGCCUGCCAUUAACGCUAGGGAGCUCGGGGCUCCCAUCUCCUGUCCCCAGCUGCCCGGCGGUAACCCUGGGAGAGCCCCCGAGGGUGGCUUUGUCCCUAUGUGUCCUGACAACUUAAGGAAGAGCGUGGCCACCAAGCUGGAGCACACAGUGGUGGACAUGCCUCCUGUGUACCCCUCCAGCAAUGCCAUCCUGCAGGUGAACAAGAACGCCAACACAGAACCGGCACCCAAGAAGGACGAGGAAAAGAAGGAGGGCGAGGAUGGAGACGGAGAGGGCGACGAGGACGGGCCCAAACCCAUGCCCCCCUACAGCUCCAUGUUCAUCCUGUCCACCACCAACCCCUUCCGCAAGAUGUGCCACUACAUCGUGACGCUGCGCUACUUCGAGAUGUGCAUCCUGUCCGUCAUCGCCAUGAGCAGCAUCGCCCUGGCGGCCGAGGACCCCAUUCAGCCGGAUUCCCCUCGCAAUAAUGUGCUGCGGUACUUCGACUACGUGUUCACCGGCGUGUUCACGUUUGAGAUGCUCAUCAAGAUGGUGGUCCUAGGCUUGGUCCUGCACCAGGGCUCCUAUUUCCGCGACCUGUGGAACAUCCUGGACUUUAUAGUGGUUAGUGGUGCCCUGGUGGCCUUCGCCUUCACGGGGAGCAGUAAGGGAAAAGACAUAAGCACUAUCAAGUCCCUGCGGGUGCUGAGAGUGCUGCGUCCUCUGAAGACCAUAAAACGUCUGCCCAAACUUAAGGCUGUGUUCGACUGUGUGGUGAACUCCCUGAAGAAUGUCCUCAACAUCUUGAUCGUCUACAUGCUCUUCAUGUUCAUCUUUGCCGUGGUGGCCGUACAGCUGUUCAAGGGCCGUUUCUUCUACUGCUCCGACGAGUCCAAGGAGUUUGAGCAUGACUGCAGGGGGAAAUAUCUGGUGUAUGAAAAGGAGGUGGUCAGGUCAGAGAAACGGGAGUGGAAAAAGUACGAUUUCCACUACGACAACGUGCUUUGGGCCUUGCUUACCCUCUUCACCGUGUCUACUGGAGAAGGAUGGCCAGACGUGCUGAAACAUUCAGUGGACGCGACCUAUGAGAAUCAAGGCCCGAGUCCGGGGUACCGGAUGGAGAUGUCCAUCUUCUACGUGGUCUACUUCGUCGUUUUCCCCUUUUUCUUCGUCAACAUCUUCGUGGCCCUCAUCAUCAUCACCUUCCAGGAGCAGGGAGACAAAAUGAUGGAAGACUACAGCUUGGAGAAGAACGAGAGAGCCUGCAUAGACUUCGCCAUCAACGCCAAGCCCCUAACCCGUCACAUGCCACAGAACAAGCAGAGUUUUCAGUACCGGAUGUGGCAGUUCGUGGUGUCUCCCCCGUUUGAGUACAGCAUCAUGGCCAUGAUCGCUCUCAACACCAUCGUCCUCAUGAUGAAGUAUGACGGAUCCUCCAAGGAAUAUGACAUGGUUCUGAAGAACCUCAACAUUGUGUUCACCUCCCUCUUCUCCAUGGAGUGUGUGCUGAAGAUCAUUGCCUUUGGAUUUCUGAAUUAUUUCAAAGAUGCGUGGAAUAUUUUCGAUUGUGUGACAGUCCUUGGGAGCAUCACUGACAUUUUAGUGACGGAGAUAUGGGAUAACUUCAUCAACCUGAGCUUCUUGCGGCUCUUCCGGGCGGCCCGCCUCAUCAAGCUUCUCAGACAGGGAGAGACCAUCCGCAUCCUGCUGUGGACCUUCGUGCAGUCCUUCAAGGCGCUGCCCUAUGUGUGCCUGCUUAUUGCCAUGCUUUUCUUCAUCUACGCCAUCAUUGGGAUGCAGCUGUUUGGAAACCUUGCCCUCAUCGAGGACGAAGACAGUGCGAUCAAUGAGCACAAUAACUUCCGGACCUUUGUUAUGGCCCUCAUGCUGCUCUUCAGGAGCGCUACAGGAGAGGCAUGGCAUGAAAUCAUGCUGGCAUGUCUUGGAGGGAAGGCCUGCGAUCCACGUUCCGGGAAUGUUAAUCCGGAGUGUGGCAGCGAGUUCGCUUACGUCUACUUUGUCUCCUUCAUCUUCCUCUGCUCCUUCCUGAUGUUGAACCUCUUUGUGGCUGUCAUCAUGGACAACUUUGAGUACUUGACAAGGGACUCAUCCAUCUUGGGACCUCACCACCUGGACGAGUAUGUUAGGAUUUGGGCCGAGUAUGAUCCUGCUGCCUGCGGGCGCAUUCAUUAUAAGGAUAUGUACAGUUUAUUGCGAGUUAUCGACCCCCCCCUGGGCUUAGGCAAGAAAUGCCCCCAUAGGGUGGCCUGCAAGAGAUUGCUAAGGAUGGACUUGCCAGUCGGUGACGACAACACUGUCUAUUUCAACUCUACCCUCAUGGCCUUAAUCCGCACAGCGCUGGAUAUCAAGAUAGCCAAGGGGGGUGCAGACAAACACCAGAUGGAUGCAGAGCUGCGGAAAGAGAUGAUGGCCAUAUGGCCCAACCUCUCCCAGAAGAACCUGGACAUGCUGGUUACCCCGCACAAGGCAACCGACUUGACCGUAGGGAAGAUCUAUGCAGCCAUGAUGAUCAUGGAAUACUACCGACAGAGCAAAGCUAAGAAGCUUCAGGCCCUACGGGAGGAGCAGAACCGUACGCCGUUAAUGUUUCAACGCAUGGAGCCCCCUUCCCCGGCCAAGGACGGGGGCCAAGGAGUCACCCACCCCCCGGAAACGCGUCCAGAACCAGUCAGCACUUUGCCCCCAGCAGGAGGCAUGACAGACAGCCAGCCUUGGGUGGGCUCACGCUCACAGGAGAUGUUCCGGAAAGCUGACAGCUGGAGUCCAGAGAGACCACACCAGGAUGACCUGCACAGCAACCAGCAUGACCCUGGGACAGUAGAGAUGAGAGAGAUGAGGCGAGACGGUUACUCGGACAGUGAGCACUGCCCCCCAGUGGAAGGCCAUGGGAGAGCCACUUCCAUGCCUCGGCUUUCAGCAGACUACCAACAGCGGAGACGACCCAGACCCCAUGGAAAUAACCUCAGUGGACGUUCCGGGAGGAGCAUGCAGCUGGACGACUACUCGCUGGAGAGGGUGAUCCCCGAGGACGGCCAGAGACACGGGCACCGGCGACACGAGCGGAGCCACCUAGCCUCCCAGAGGUCGCUGAGCCGCUACACCGACGCAGACACAGGUCAGGGCUCAGGGCUCGGGACCGACCUCAGCACCACCACGCAGUCCGGGGACCUGCCGGCCAAGGACCGGGACCGGGAACGCGGCCGCGCCAAGGACCGGCGACACCACCACCACCACCAUCACCACCACAGCUCCAUGGACAAGGAACAUUGCGGCCACGAGCGAGGAGAGCACGGCCGCAGGCUCCACGACAGAGAACGCCACUGGUCCCGCUCUCCCAGCGAGGGCCGGACCCACAGACAGGGCAGUAGUUCUGUGAGCGGGAGUCCCGUCCCCUCGACCUCCGGCACCAGCACGCCCCGGCGCGGCCGCCGCCAGCUGCCCCCCACCCCCUCAACGCCCCGGCCACAUGUCACCUACUCCCCCGUGGUCCGUAAGGGCACCAACACCCCCCAGGGGGGCCAGCAGAGCCGACUGGCUUCCCCCACCCUUCGCCGUUUUUCUCCUGAGCCCAAGCAAGGCUCCCCACGCUCUGGCCGCCACGCUCAACACUGGGCACCCCCCCCGGACAAUGACAGUGCCCCCUAUAGCCAGGACUACAAGUACGACCGGCACGAGCCGCCCGCCUAUGACCAGGGCACCCCCCAGGGCAACCCGCACCCACACUCACCUAGGACUUCCCGAAAUCCGCCCAACCCCCACGUCCACCCGCCCCCCCGCCGUCUGCCCAAUGGCUACCGCUCGACCUCGCCCUCCCCCCACCGACGCGGCCCCCACCUGGCACCUCACCGCCCCCCCCACCCGAGAGGACCCAGGAAAGGACCUCACGAUCCCUACAGUGAGACCGAUGAAGAUGACUGGUGUUAGCCACAGGGGGUGGGGGGGCCAGCCGGAGGCAGGUGGGGUGGUGCUGUGGGACUCCUGGAUCUAUGAGAAGGUGGAGUGGGAGGCAACAGCCUGAGGCAACAGCCUGAGGAAACAGCCUGAGGAAACAGCCUGAGGAAACAGCCUGAAUCGCAAAGCGGGAGAGACUCCAUUUUGUUUUUUUUUUCUUUUUGUCUUUUCCAUUGCUUUCUAAAAAAUCUGCUGCCGUUUGGCAUCCGCUCGAGAAAUGGGGGGGGGGGGGCGAUCUCAGGAGAUCACUGGGCAGAGGAGAUCACUGAGCGGAGCAGAUCACUGGGCAGAGGAAGCCGGAGCAGAGGGGAGACGCAGGCAUAAGAGAAGCCGCGUCGCUCUGCAUGCUAACGGAUGCUAAAGGCUACAGGCUGGCUGUCUGGAAGCACCUUUACGUGAGGUUGUGGAAGCGCCCCCCCCUGCCACCAGGAACAUUCCGGGUUUGUAUUGAUAUGUACUUUCAGGAUUUCAUUCAUUCGGCAUUAAACACAUUGAGCACUAACAUGUUAGAGGUACGACGUGCACUGAGCAGGAGUAAACGGCUAAGAAAUAACAAAAUGUGAAUUUGUGCUGUACGGCACACAACAAAACUUAUAUUUUUAUGUAUGAAGCAUGAAAAAAAAUAUAUAUAUUUAGCGUACAUUUCUAUAAAUAUUUCAAUAUGAUGUUUGGGUCUUUGCCACUGAGACGGUGAGAGCAUGGCGUAACUAACCGUGCUGUUAAUAUACCAACGUGCUUGUCAUAGCACCCCCUACUGGUAUUCUGUCUUGGUACACCAACGUCCACUUCCUGUCCAAGUGAAAUGCUUCCGGGUCGAGCUGCCACCGCCUGAUAUGAAGGUGCUGUCCAACGCCUAGCCCAGAGCUUAUUGGCUGUUCCCAGUACAACAGGAAAUAUCCCCCCCCCACCACCUCGUAAUGCACGACCUACCCCCAAAGCAAACACACGCACACAUCCUUGUCCCGUUUCCAUGGGAACUAAGAAAAAACAAAAAAGACACCCUUUGCCUCCAAAAAAACAACCUUGGAAAAAAAAAGGGAGAAUGGUCACUUUUCCUUCAAAGACUGAACUGCAAUUAUUGCAAAAACCAACCUCCAUGUUGGCCGGUAUCGAUGAGUUUUAUCAUCACUGUUUACUGUUAGUGACACUAAUGCUGACUGUGACUUCAGCUCCCCAUGUGGGCAGCAGUGUAGCAGGGCGACAUCAAGACAGUGUUUUGGGGGGGUUGGGAGGAUGUAAAGAUGAAUGCCUCCUGCCACCCACCCCCCCUCCCCCCCCACUUUCCAUAGUCCCUUAUACUGGCCCAAACCAGGAAAACGAUGGAAAAGGAGGAGGGGUUCGCCUGGAAAAAAAAAAAAAACUGACAAAUCGUUAAGCAUUUCUUCUAUUGCUUCGUCUAAUUCUACUUGAACAUUCAAGCUUGAUUAUUUUGUUGCACCUGUUUAGCCUUGUUUGACCCUUUAGAGUAAAAUCUGACGGAAUCCUGCAUGAAUGAUAAAUAUACAUAUAUAUUUAACAGAGAGAAGCUUUACUGUGUGAUAGGAGAACAUCUCCCAGUCCUUUUCUAAGUCUGUAGAAAUUCUUUCUUUCUCUCUGUCCAUCGGAAUAAAAUGUUGUGGAAUCGGACAGUGACGCAUUAUUCCACUGUAUUUUUGUAAGUCAUUCCAAAAUAAUGGUAGCAGAGAAAAUGUACCAUGAAACGUAUGCACUAUAUCAUUAUUAUUAUUUGCUUUUUAUAUUGAUAAAUACAAAUGGCCGGGGUGGGGGUGUUGAACGGGUUUGUACAUAGCGGCCCCUAGUGGAGCCUCGUGUCUUUGCUUUCCCAAGAGAAAAAAAAAUAAAUAGAUAAGUAAAGAAAAUAUAAAAAGAGGAGAAUGUACAGAAGAGAGAAAGGGAGAAUUUCUCAGCUUUUAGAGUUAAUUAUAAUAAAUUAUUAUAGGUAACUAUAUAAUGAUGGUAAUGAUGAUGAUUAUAAGAGAGUGGAUCUCUUGUAAACUUGUUUUAUGUGUUUGGAGUCAGCUGUGGUCACCUUGGGGACCAUUAUUGUAUUCUCACUUGUUUUUUCUCUGUUUGCUGUUCGGGUCCUGGAAUUGUGAACACAAUGCGGCUGCUUGAAACAGGUGCAUUGUGGGAUAGAUGCCAUGGCAUUGAAAACCAGUUCUUAGCUCCAGAUACCAAUAACCAUGUGAUGGCUGAGACUGCUACCCUUCUAAAUGAAUAAGAAGGCAGAAUGGGGGAGGGGCAGCUUGUUUGGCAUUGGGUGCUGGACCACAUUGGCGUUUUGUGGUGCUGACCUGUUAAUAGUGAAAAUAGCAUGAACGUAGAGGCAGGUCUGCGCCACGGGCGUAGAUUUGGGUAUGGACAGCAAUGUCCCUACAAAAAUUUUGGGAUUACCAUGUAUAUUUAGAGGCACGGGGAGGGGGUGGUUGGCGCCAAUUUGGUCCCUACCAGUGUUGAAAUCAAACCCACGCCUUUGGCCUGCACCUGCACCUCACAACUGGGGUUCUGAACUGGACUGAAACCAUAAUGGAGGGGUCAAGCUUCAGCCGAGCUGAUGUAGCUACACCUUCUCAAAGACCCAACAGCGACCCCUGAUUCACUCUGCAUGCCCCUAGAUUCCAAGCCGUUGAUAAAUUCUGCUUGGAGGCAUCCCGUACCAAUCUGAGGCGCUUCUCGAACUAAUUCGAAGAAUGUUUCGUUCAGUUUCCUGCUUACCUGAAGGUGAUGGAAUGCACACUUUCCGUACGCUAUGAAUUUCGAGAUGUCUGACUGUGUUUGUAGUUCCAAAUUUGGGUGAACGAACAAUAAUCGGAAUAUCGGUCAUUAAAGGCAUGAUCAAACACUGCAAAAUCCUUUCCGAUUUCUGAAUGCACUGGAAACAUCCAGAAACAUAAGGAAACAUACUAGACAAUAUGAAGCAGUGCUUCUUAAAGCGACAUGCAUGUGAAAUGUGAAACAGGUGAGUGUUGUUUGUUCAUUGACUGUAGGGUGGCGCUGUUGAGUCUUUGGGGAGCAACUUAGGAGGACAGGGCUUUCCAUUAUCUUCAGACACCAGGAGUUUCUGUAACGACAGCCUGCUGUCCUUAGUUUCAUAAUUUGAAGCUGUUCACCAAUUUGCUUUUACUGAGAUGGAGACAAGAAGACGUGGCCUCUUCAGUCAUACUUGACUUCAGUUUCCCCUGGCUUUCUUCACAGUGAGCAUGUUCCUCACCAUCAUCGAGCACACCAGCGAGCAGUAUGCUGAUCGGUUAGCACUACUGCCACCUUCAUCUUCGUCAUCAUCUUCAUCGUCGUCAUGGUUAUCACCCUCAUUCUGUUUGUUGUCGUUUUCACACCGGUUGGCCCUCAGUCACUUCACCUCAUUUUGACCUGUUCAAAGUUGAAUAGAGCAUCAUACAUCAUACAUACCACUCUGUAAAACAUAGAUACUUUUGCACGUGACUCAGUCCCUAUAGAUGCUAGCACACACAAUCUUCACCUUACUUAAUAUUACACUAUUAUAACAUUACCUGGAUAUUAUAAAGUUCUGAGUGUAUCUAGAAAGGUCUCGUUUUAUGCAGAUGUAGCGUCCCAGAAAUAAAAAACACAGGAGGUUCUCUGCUUUGUUUAAAAUGACCGCCACGACACUGACAAGAUACACUUUUCUCUGACUUCUCUUGUGAUAAAUCAUCACAAGGUUCUCUUGGACCCAAAAGCAGUUGUCUGCAGUAUCUUUUCUCCCUGACUUCAUCUAAAGUGUCACAGGACAUGAGGCUACUGGAAGAUCUAAGCUGCCUCUGUCUUGGACUUCCAUUGAUCGCAGGCCAUUUUCGUUCAAAAUCAAACUUAUAGCUCAGAUUUUCACUUUUUGCCGUUUACUGGCACAACAGCGAUUCUGGAAAGACAACAAAGACACUCAGAAAAGUUAAGCCUAAGACACACAGUGUUUCUGCUGAGAAAUAAUAAUGACUUUCUGCAGUGCAAACCUUCGGUUGUUUCUUGCCAUCGUAGCCGGUCCAAAUUGUGUCUUUGUGUUUUUGAGUCCGUGAAGUGAUGGAAGGAUAUCAGCUACAGUGAUUCCCUUCCCAUCUCAUCUCAUUUCAUUGCCUUCGCCCACCAACUUUUUUUUGAGUACUUCUAUAUCCACCCCUAAGCAGUCUCCAAUCAGUCUCAGAGCAUUUGCUCAGCCUAAAACCGGCAGACCUGAGAAUUGUGGCUUCUCUCUACCAUGUCCUGCAAGCCUGUAGAUUCGCCUCUGGCUAACUCUGAGCCUUAAUCAGUCCCAGUGACUGCUGGUAUGCGGUUUUCCCAGUGACAGACAGGAGACCCAAUGGAAGAGAAACCCCAUCCGUUUCUCCAGGAACAGGACCCAAAGCUGGAAUUUCCAUUCAUGCGGCAAAAAGCUCAGCAAGAUUGGAGAAGACGGCGAAGCUUUUCCCUGCAUAAAAAAGGCUGUCUUCCUAACUGGGAAUAUGCAUUGCUGAGUUUUCUACCUGUUUUCUAAGUACGUUCUGUUUCUUUUUAUACGUGUAAUGCCUGUACGUUCCACUAGUGUCGGUUUUUACCCCAGCGAUUUGGUAGUUUCUAGCAACUUCUUGUUAUACAGAUAACAUAGAGGAAGUUAAUUAAGUGUCCUUGGAUUGACAUUGAAAAAAAAAACACACACAACUGCUGGAUUGUGCUAUUCUUUCCUCUCAGGUCUUGCAAGAAUUUCACAAAUGGGCAAGUCUUUCCUGUCAGUUAAAAAAAAAUCCUUCAGUCUCAAGUGAUCUAUUAUACCGUAUAUUUUUCUCUCCUGAAACUUGCACUUGAUAGUGAGUAUGGAUGGGUCACAUGGACACGCAGGUCCAUUCCAGCUCCACGUGCAGCAUGUUCAUCGAUAAAUAAAUGGAUAAAUGCCGACUUUUGGCGUGUGAUUCCACGGUGACAGACACAACGUCUGUACUGCCGUCUGUGCUCCACAAACAGCGUUUCUAAGGUCGUGUCAUACGGCCGUCCUUCAAAUAUGCAUGUUUUUUUUUUUACAUUUCUUUUAAAAGCUGCCCCUGCUUGGUCUUCUCCAAACUUUCCUUCUAUACGAAACUGUUGGAAUUCUGUCCAUUCCUGGCCUCAGUCUCCCUCUUCCCUAAGAUAAGAGCUUGUUUAAAUCAAUAUGCUCAACCCCGUUCUUCUGUUCAAGUCUUUGUCCCCCCCCCCCCCCCGACAGUUUUGUGAGUCUUUUGAGGAUUCGUUCACGUCGACUCACUUUUAUAAGGGCUUCUCUGGAACACUGCGUCACGUUGUCCCCCAACCAGUCUUCUGUCUCGGUACAGAAACGCCUACGUCUGUGUUAUGGUACACACCGCGCCCCUUAACGGAAAGCACACAGGGUGGGCCUGACGUCACAGCCCUCCGUAAUGGCUGCGCUUGUACGUCCGUAUUUGGUGUCCCAGCCAUAGUCAGAGCGCAUUGAUUCCAGUGCCUUAAACCAUAAAUUCCAUCACUGUCACCACCAGCCCCCACCACCCUUAGAUGCCAUGUUUUUAUAUCUCAGUGACUGGCACACAAUAGUAGAUCUUUUACAUGUUCAUUGGCAUACAAUGGUUUUCACUGACCCGCUUCCCAUUCCUGAAACCAACUCUGCUCUCCAUGAGACAUAGUUUUGAACCAUGAGAACAAUUCAGAAGUAAGAUUUGCGAUCAGCUACCCUUUCUGUUCUCACACCAGGUGGGUGGGGCUCUCAAGGUCAAUCACCUUCCUUUCUGUACAUUUGUCCUUAAAAUCACUGUUUGUAUCGGUCAUAAACCUUCAGAAACUAAUUCCCUCGUCUCCAUCCUUUUUUUUCGUGAUUCACUGUCUCUCCAUCUCCAUGAUGUCAGUAUGUCAGUGUGAUGCCUGUUCGACGGUGGCUUCCGUAAGAGACGUCCCACGCCUUUCCAGACGUAGGUUUUCCGUAAAGUGAGUGACUUUACACUAUACUCUUCAACACACAAUCUGCAGGGUAGUAUGAUUGGCGUCGUAACCAGCACAUUCAGAAAUUCAGUGUCAUCCUAGGUAACGGUAAAUGAUAGAAGCAACCAGAUAAAUAGGUCAAUAAGAGAUAGAGGAACAACGUGAAUAUAAGCAAUGGUUUUCGGGGCAGUAGCCAGGAUUGUUAAAAUACAGAGGUCAAAAGUGUGAGCCCUUCGUAGGGGUGUCUCAUAGCGGAUCAUAGUUAUUGGAUAUGUAGAAUUAAAUAUGAGGACUUGACCGUGAUGCCCUCAAUGGAGCUGAUGCAAAGACCCUUGUAGCUAGAGUACUUGCUCUUAAGUGAGCCUACUGAUGUCUGAUCUUGUUGGAUCACCUGAGUGUUGAGCUUGGCUGUGAGGAGCCCAAUCAAGAUGCAGUGGACAACAGAAGACAGGAUGACUUUGACUAGUUCGGUUUUGGUCACCCUGCAUUUCCGGCCAGACAUAGCUGUCUGCUGCCCUAACCGUAUCUGUGGUCAAGCAGAUAUAAGUUUGGCAUUUAAGCUAGCUCCAUUGUGUGCCUAUGUUGAGCACCACAAUAAGUACACAUUUUUUUUGGGGGGGGGGGUCUGUUUGCGCCCCAACUAGGAGGCAUCUGCCACUGUCACAGUAAACGGCUAACCUUCUCUCAGCAUCUCUCAUCUCAUUACCUCGCAUUUCCAGAAUAACACCACCAGUCCAUCAAGUGGAUAUGUACCUAAACGCAGGAGCCACCAGGGAAUUCAAAAGACAAAUCAGAAGAGAUGAUUGAAGACGAAAAAAGAAAAAAAAAAAAAAACCUACUUACAGAACUGCAUGUGUGAUGUGCGAUGUGUGAUGUGCGAUGUGCAUGCCACUGUGUGGGCUCAUCUUCAGGAACAAAGGAAUAGCAGAAAAGUACACACUUACAUAUGAAUAUAGAUGCUUUUAAAAGCAACGUGUUCUUUAUUCUAUUUUUAAAAGCAAGAAAUGUAUAUUUUAUUUCUCUAGACAGACGUUCACAGGGGCCUGAUGAAUCAGACAGAAGUCAUUGAAAUGUCUAAAAACAAACAAAAAAAUUGCUAAAUCACUCCUGUUGAGCGUAAGAAGCUGCUUGAAUCUGAUCAGCUUACUUAUUCUGGGUAAGAGAUCCGUCUCUGUCUUGCUGUCUUUCCCUCUCUUACUCUCCGCAGUUUCUGUCAGUGCAUUUUGUAAUUCCAGAAAGAAUUCUUCCCACUGAAUCAGAAUAAACCAGAGAGAAUGCAA